AUAAGAAAUAAUUUAGGGCAUCAUUUUAUCAGAGAACGCAGCCCAACUACAAAACUCUCUCAAGAAGAAGCCCAUAUUAAAGCAGAGCAGAAUCUGAAGCUCCUUCAAAAGACUAGACUAGAGAGAGAAGCAGUUUGUUGAUCGAAUCCUUGAAUUGAAGCACAGCAUCAAAAGAGGUGAUGGGUCGCCAAGCCGUAGCCAAGCUGAUCGGUUCGAUCGCAUCACGCAAACCAUCUCCGUCUCCGUCAACUUCUAUUCUUCAGCGUCGACAUUACUCCCCGGCUCCGCCCCCGCCGCCGGCGGUGUUUGUCGACAAAAACACUCGUGUCAUAUGCCAGGGCAUCACCGGCAAGAAUGGCACUUUCCACACCGAACAAGCCAUCGAAUAUGGCACCAAAAUGGUGGGUGGUGUAACACCAAAGAAGGGUGGGACCGAGCAUUUGGGACUCCCUGUUUUCAACUCAGUUGCAGAAGCAAAAGCUGAAACAAAGGCUAAUGCCUCAGUCAUUUAUGUUCCCCCACCAUUUGCUGCUGCUGCAAUUAUGGAGGCAAUGGAAGCAGAGCUGGAUCUUGUUGUGUGCAUCACUGAGGGGAUCCCGCAACAUGAUAUGGUACGUGUGAAGGCUGCUCUUAACAGGCAAUCUAAAACUCGGCUCAUUGGACCAAACUGCCCUGGAAUUAUCAAGCCGGGUGAAUGCAAAAUCGGAAUUAUGCCUGGUUACAUUCAUAAACCUCGAUCUGGUACCUUGACCUAUGAAGCGGUUUUCCAAACAACUGCUGUUGGCCUUGGACAGUCCACCUGUGUUGGUAUUGGAGGUGAUCCUUUUAACGGUACAAACUUUGUUGAUUGCAUUGACAGAUUCCUAGAAGAUCCUCAGACAGAAGGUAUCAUUCUUAUUGGAGAGAUAGGUGGGACUGCAGAAGAGGAUGCUGCUGCAUUGAUAAAGGAAAGUGGAACUGAGAAGCCUAUUGUUGCUUUUAUUGCUGGACUAACUGCUCCUCCUGGCCGUCGUAUGGGUCAUGCUGGAGCUAUUGUGUCAGGGGGGAAGGGUACAGCACAAGACAAAAUCAAGACCCUUAGGGAAGCUGGGGUGACAGUGGUGGAGUCUCCAGCAAAAAUAGGGGUUGCGAUGCUUGACGUCUUCAAACAGAGGGGCCUUGUGAAUUAGCUUGGACAAUAGCAGUUCAUUUGCAGUCACCUGCCUACAAUGUUUUAUGGCAAGAUGCCCAAAACAACAUGAUUAUCUCCAAUUCUUCACUGCUUAUAACUGUGGUAGAGCAUUUGAGUGCUCAGAGUUUUCUCUGCCGUUUGCCACAUUGGGUGGUGUUUGGGGAUCCAUUAAUUUGUUUAUGAGAUUGUUUUUCAUACAUGAAGUGAUUUUGAACGGUGUCCAGAAUACAAAUAUAAGCUCUUGCAAUAAAAAAGCUAAGGGCAUGGUUGACAGAUUAUGCACGUUUUUCA